AUGGAAGAGCUUGGUUUAAGCCGGGAGCAAGUUUACAACGCCGACGAAUCCGGUUUAUUUUGGAAACUUUUACUACAAAAGACGUAUGUAUCAUCAUUAGAAAAAACAGCCCCAGGAGCAAAGAUGGAAAAGCAAAGAAUAACAUUCUUGUGCUGUUCAAAUGCGGAAGGAUCUCAUCAACUCAAGCUCCUUGUGAUAGGCAAGGCCAGAAACUCCCGUUGUUUUAAGGGGUGUGACUGCCCUGUUCAUUAUAGACAUUCAAAGUCCGCUUGGAUGACUGCCGCUAUCUUCAAAGAUUGGUUCCAUCGUUCAUUCAUACCUGAGGUAACGAAAUUUUUGACAAAAAAAGGUCUACCAGUUAAGGCUGUCCUUUUAAUUGAUAACGCUCCAUCGCAUCCACCUGAAAAUGAACUUAAAAGUGAAGACGGCUCUAUUUUAGCAAUGUUUAUGCCACCCAACGUCACCCCCCUUAUACAACCCAUGGACCAAAAUGCAAUCAGGAUUACAAAACUUUAUUACAGAAACAGUCUUUUGGCUUCCGUUGCUGCAACAGGAUGUGAAUUGCUAGAGUCUAUGAAGCAAAUUUCACUUAAGGACGCUAUUAUUACCCUUGAAUCUGCAUGGAAUAAAGUGGAUGAGGCUGUGCUAUCAAAAUGCUGGAACAAUGUUUUGAGUAUGCUUGAAAAUCAAGAAGAUCCUGAAGAUGAAUUGAAUUGA